AUGGUGAAACACCAACCCUUACAGGUCUAUGAGAAGCAAGUGCUUGUGUCCAUUGUCACUGGCAUCUAUGGUUGCCGUUGGAAACGCUACCAGCGGUCCCAAGACGACAGCUCCAGGUGGGAGUGUUUGUGGUUCAUCAUCUUGUGUAGCUCCUUUCUCUUGCUUCUUUGUUGGUCCUACUUCUGGUUGGUGGCUCAAAAUGAUUUCGAUGAGUUCAACUGGUCAGUGUACAACCGGUCUGGAGAAUGGAGGGAUGAGACUGUCCCCAUCCUUGCAAGCACCACCGUGGGGUUCAGCUAUAUUUCAAUCUUGAUGAUCUUGGCAUUUUUCCACAUAUCUUUAGGACAACAGCUUAAUCUCUACUGGCUUCACAAGAUCGGUGUGCUGGCUACACUCUUCACUACUAUCUCUGGUGUUAUCUCUGUUGAUGACAUAUGGGCAGAGGAGUGGGACAUCCUGCUAGUGUCCCUCCAGUCCACAGCACCCUUUUUGCACAUAGGUGCUCUGACAACAGUCACAGCGCUGAGCUGGCUGGUCGCUGGUUAUGUGGUCCGCAGAGAGAGAUCUAAUUUCCAGAUGAUGGUGUUAAUCACCUACAUAAUCAUCCUCAUGGCCCUUUAUGUGGCACCGCUGUCAUUUUCCUGCCCCUGUGUGAUGGACAGCCGUAUCCUCAAACCUCGACCAGACGUCAUUGGCCGACGAGGAGCUCCUAUGCUGGCCCCGGAAAACACUAUGGUGUCCUUCAACAGAGCCUUACAGCAUGGAGCCAGCUCCCUGGAAGCUGACGUCACCCUCAGUGUGGACGCGGUUCCAUUCCUCAUGCGGGAUCGCACCUUGAGACGAACCACCGAUGUUAGCUCAGUCUUUCCUGAAAGGCAGCAUGAAGAUGCCUCUUUGUUCAACUGGACUGAGUUACGUUCGCUCAAUGCUGGUCGAUGGUUUCUAGAGAGGGAUCCCUACUGGACAGUUGCAACAUUAACUGCAAGGGACCGUAGCAGAAUAGGCAAUCAGACGGUUUGCGGUCUGUUGGAAAUGCUACGUUUGGCAGUCAGAGCCAACAGCUCCGUGCUGCUAAAUAUCCGGAGGCCCCCUGCAGGCCACCCUCGCUUCCGGAGUUGGUUUACGGACACCAUGUGGGCUGUGCAGAAAGCGGGUAUUUCCCAAAGGAGGGUGACAUGGACCCCCGACACAGACAGGGGGAGAGUUCGGGGUUUUCAGCAGACCACAAAUGAGAAACUGUCAGUGACAGAGAUACGGCGGCGGGGCAUUACAAGCUUGACCCUCCACUACAGCAAGGCCAGCCCAAAAGAUAUACAGGAGUAUCUGGCCAAUAAUGUGAGUGUGACAGUCUACCCAGUCAAUGAGCCAUGGCUCUAUUCACUCCUUUGGUGUAUUGGGGUGCCUUCUGUGUCCUCCGAUGCUCCCCAAGUCCUCCGAAAGGUGCCUUAUCCCAUCUGGCUCAUGAGUCAGAAUGCUUAUAGCUUCAUCUGGAUUGCCUCAGAUCUCGUCUCAAUUGCCGUAGUCAUGGGAAUCUUCAGUUUUCAGAACUAUCAUAUGAUCAGGUGGAGGAUGAGUGGGAUGCAGAACUGUAACCCUGAACAGAUCAUGCUUAGUGCUGUUGCUCAUCGGUCUAAUCGGGAUGUCAACAUAAUGAAGGAGAAGCUCAUUGUUUCAGAACUUAACAAUGGGCUAAGUAGUACAGAGGAGCUGUCACUGUUUCCCAAGAAUGGCAACGCAAGAUAUUGUCAUGGAGACCUGAGACCAUCAUUUCACAAGGAACAAACGGGGUGUUAG